ACUCACACUCAGGCCCUCCAUGACACCCACAAAAGUGAACCCAAGAACUGACCACUGAAUGACAAUCUAUAAACUCUGGGAAAGAGGGCACACAACAGCCACUUUCUUCUCUGCCUUGACGCAGAAGGCACCAGCAAUGAAGCUCCACACCGCAGCUAUCCUCGUCAUCCUCUGCCUUGGCAUCUUCACUGCGCGCACAGUGAAAGGAAGUGCUGGAAGUCAGUCCAUGCUCAAAGCCACUUGUGUAAAUCUGGUUACAAAGCAACUGAGCAUCCGAAAUCUUGUAGGCUACGAAAAGCACACUCAAGCAAAUGCCGUAAUAUUUAUCACUAGAAAUGGUAUCAAGAUCUGCGUAAGUGCUGAUCAGAAGUGGGUGCCGACUGCUAUGAAGAAGAUAAAAGAAAAACUUACUGCCAAACGCAAAUAAUCCUGUCCUAGAUAAGCAUCUAAGGCCAACCAGCCGGAAUCAUCAUCAGUGCUGCAGAUAACAGGGAAGAGAACCUUAGUAUCUGCUUUUAUUUCCUAUUUAUUAAGUGACAAUAAAAUCUGUGAACAAACACAAACUCACAGAAUCUGUUCAUCACUGGUUGAAAGUCUGCUGAUUUCUUCAUUUUAUGACUGAACUCUGUUACACUGUUUGUUUUCUGAAAUGUUUGCUAAUAUUUAUUUACAACUGAAUGUAGAUACCUUCUCAUCCUUGUUGUCUUAACCAGCCUGGCAUUUAAGGGUGAAUGACAAAUAAUUUGACAUACUGGAGGGAAGAAGUUGACCUCUCAUAGAGCUGGAAGAGUGUAGACCUCUAUCCUGCUGGAGAUCAGAAUGUUCUUCAUUGAGUGCUGGUUUUAAGAAGGUGCUAUAUAAUUUAAUGUUUAGUCAUAUCUAUAUAAUCUGUAAGCAAACUAAUUUAAUGCUUCAGGCUAUCACCUGAUCAGUGCAAUAUUGAGAAGAAGAUUCUUGGGCCUUCUAUUUUUACACACAAUAUUGCAGCAUUAGCUCAGUUUACAAUGAUGUAGGGAUACUCUCAUCAAGGGAUGAUGAGGAGUAACUCAGUGUAACUCUAGGAAUAUAAGCCUGUUCAGUCUUGUCCUAGGGAAGACUUAUUCUACCCACUGACACCUGUGAAGUUACUUCAGUGUCAUCCUCACAUUAGACAAACCUGAAACAACUGGUUUGCUUUUCCCUUUGCUUUUCUCUGAGUAAGAACAAACCAUAUCUGGAAUCUGUAUUUCACAAACUUGUAGGAAUACAUAUGUUAUAUGUCUUAUAUGUUUAAAACUGAUACAUGCUGCAAACAGAAGGGUUUGAAUUUUAAUAAAGCUACUAUGAACCUGAAUCAA